GAAGAUCUGAAGAAGAUGAAGAAAAAGAGGAAGACAUUGAAGUACCAAAGGCCAUGGGGGAUAUAUUUGAGUCCCUUGCUGGUGCCAUUUAUAUGGAUAGUGGAAUGUCUUUGGAAAUGGUUUGGCAAGUGUACUAUCCAAUGAUGAGGCCAUUAAUAGAAAAAUUUUCUGCUAAUGUACCCCGUUCCCCAGUGCGAGAAUUGCUGGAGAUGGAGCCAGAGACAGCCAAAUUUAGUCCUGCAGAAAGAACUUACGAUGGAAAGGUCAGAGUUACAGUGGAAGUUGUAGGAAAGGGAAAGUUUAAAGGUGUUGGCAGAAGCUACAGGAUUGCCAAAUCUGCAGCUGCGAGAAGAGCACUACGAAGCCUCAAAGCAAAUCAACCUCAGGUCCCAAACAGCUGAGACUCCUCUUAAAAAUAAAUAAAAUGGGGGAAAAAAACACAUACAAAUAAAGCAAAUUUUUAAAAAUGUUGAUGUUGGGAGGAACAAAUUGGAAGACAGAAUUUAAAGUUUGUUUGAUAACAGAAUAGAUAACAAAACAUUUAACAUGUAUAAAAUUUUGAAACUAAUUGUAGUUCUAGUUUUUUGCGCAAACACAAUCUUGUCUUCUUUCCUCACUUCUGCUUUGUUUAAUCACGAGAGUGCUUUAAUGAUGACAUUUAGCAAGUGUUCAGAAUAAUUGUUGUCAGGUCUUUUUGGUUUACUUUUAUUGUCAGUACAGCUUUGCUUAGUGUUAGAAGGCCAGGGAGCUUAUGCCUAAUGCAGUUGCUAGAUUUAUAUAUAGUAAUCUUGAAAUUCUUCAAUCUGUGCACUAGUGCCAGUCAUAAAGCAGUUGAGAAACUGUACUGGAUGAUUUGGUAUGAGAAAGAAUAAGUGUGCCAGUAUUCUCUUUUUUUUUUUUUCCUUUUUUUUUCUUUUUUUUUUCCUCGAUGUCAUCUUUUUACAUUAAGAUGGCAUUCCCAAUCAUUAUUGCACUUACUUGUUAAGGACAGAUUUUAAUUGAAAUGGCUGGCAUACUGGUAGAAUGCAAGUCCAGUUUCCUUGUGCCACACAUUCUUG